AUGAUUCGAACCGGUUCUUUUGCGCUCCGGUCACCGGCGGUUUCCGCCUCGCCUAGAGUGUCCCUAGCCCGGAACGACUCGCUCUCGAGCGUUUUCUCCGGCGAGAGGAGCACCGUCGGAUCUCCCAUGAUCUCCCUGCAUUUCGACGUCAAUCGCCGCCGAGAUAAGAUGAUCCGGGGAUCUCUGUCGGAGAGCAACGUUCUGCAAUCGGCGUCCGACGGAUUUCGAGCUCUGCCGGCGAGUUACGCUGGUAAAUUGGCGGGAAGUGGAAUUUCGACGGAGGAGCUGGUUCCUGGCGGCGGCGAUUGCGGAGGGAAUACUGUAACGGUGCAGGAAGGCGAGCAGAGGAAGAUUGGAGCGUAUUAUCAAGAGAUGCUGAAGUCAAACCCCGGCGAUCCGUUGCUGCUGAGGAACUACGGGAAAUUCUUGCACGAGGUGGAGAAGGAUGCGGUAGGGGCGGAGGAGUGCUAUUGUAGGGCGAUAUUGGAGAGUCCGGGAGACGGUGAUUUGUUGUCGCUCUACGGAAAGCUAAUCUGGGAGACGCAGAGAGAUGAGGAACGGGCUAAAUCUUACUUUGAUCAGGCUGUUUCUGCCUCCCCUGACGAUUGCAUGGUGUUGGGGUCCUUCGCUAGCUUCAUGUGGGAAGCAGAGGAAGACGAAAACGAAGACGACAAUGAAGAAAUCAACAUUGACGACGGAACUCAAGCCUCAUCUGUGCCGGCUCUGGUUCCUGCAUUUUAACUCUGUUGGAUGAAGUAGACCGCGAAUUCGACAAAGAGAGUUCAACCACGCCACUCGCGUUCCCGGGAAUUCAAUUCCCAACGUUCCUGAUGUUGGUAAAAACGGCAAAAGAAAAAGAAGACGGGAGGUACCAGUUUUAUGAGAAAGGCUUUUACUGUCGAAGUAUAACUAUAACCACUACUUAACUUGAAGAACAAGAAAUAAACAUGUAUAUGUGCUAAAUACAUAGCAUAUGUAUGUAAUAUGUAGAAUGUGCUUACUUACCCGGCUGAAAUCUUUAGCUUGCUAAGUGAAGGUUGAAUGUGUUAAUUUCAUUUGCUUGUCUGCUUUCCUUGUAAAUGUUUAUAAAUAAAAUUAUAAUGUAUUCUAAUCUGUCA